UCACCGGGCACCAAGGGACCCGUCUGCUUUGUCGUGUACUAGGUCAAGUCCAGUAGUUCAUUCUGAGACACCAUAACAUGCUAACAAAAGCUAUGCACAAAAGACACGGUUUUAUUAUAAAAGCAUUAAAGGAACCUCCGGCAGUCCUAUUUGAACUGAUUUCCCAAGCGUUUGCUGGCGACUGCGUGUGCAGGUGCUAACGAUAUGAAUCGGGUCUGGAGAGUAGUGAUCCUUGUCCUGACUAUGAUGAUCCGAGACUCGCUGACCCAAAGAAUUAUUGGGGGUCAAGAAGUCGUGCCUCAUUCCAUCAAGUUCCAAGCGUCUCUUCAAUUUGAGAGAAAUCACUAUUGUGGAGGAAUCCUGAUCCACCAGCAAUGGGUAGUGUCUGCUGCCCACUGCUGGAGACCGAGCAACAUCAUUCAGGUGGUUCUGAGCGCACACAAUCUGGUAGCUGAAGACGGAUCUGAGCAAGUGUUUAACGUGUCCAGGAUCAUAACCAACCCAACCUACAACCUAAAAACAUACAAUGGUGACAUCAUGCUCCUGAAGUUGAGCCAACCAGCUGUUCUGAACGCCUACGUUCAGCCGGCUCCUCUCCCGGAUGACAGCACACCUCCUCUAGAUGCUGGAACCACAUGCACAGUGAGUGGCUGGGGGGUCACACGCGUCUACAGCUUUUUCCUGUCCCCAGUGCUCCGUGCUGUGGAUGUGGACUACAUCCCUAACUGCUAUUACUUCUACUACUUCAGGGUCAAUGAGAACAUGAUAUGUGCCGGAUCUCGUUAUGGUGGCAAAGACUCUUGCCAAGGUGACUCAGGGGGACCCCUCAUGUGCAAUGGCAUUUUGGAAGGUGUUGUGUCUUGGGGAAUAGGCUGUGCCAAUCCUUAUUACCCCGGUGUCUACACCAAAGUGAGGAAUUACAGCAAGUGGAUCAGUGGGAUCAUUUCAAGUGACAGUCAGAACUAAAAGAUAAUCAAGAACGGUUUUAGUUCCUGACUAAACCAAGCCUCAGUUACUGUAUAAGCGAUCGAUUGUAACUAUGCAUGCUACACAGGACACAUGUUACUUUAGCUUAAACAGGGGGGAAAACAGCCUUGGUGUUUAUCCAUAUGCAUUAUUCAUUAACUAAUUAAAGGGUAGUGACACCUGCUGACACAGCAGUGUCUGGAUUAAUGAUCAUAUAAUGUCUCGGCACAUUUUAAUUUCAUUCUUCUCUGUCAUGUGUAAUAUGUCUGCUUUAACUUGUGAACAUGGCAAAAAAAAAUGCCAUGCAUGAAGGUUUUUUUUUUUAACAAAUUUCGGCCAUAAAGAUGAAUAUUUGUAACUGAUUGUUGUUUAUAUCUCAGAAUAGAAUAGAAUAGAAUAGAAGAGAGAUGUUAUUUAAGGGUAUUAAAGAAAAGAAAUCAUGAAGCAGUCAGACCAUUACACACACAAACACACACACACAAAAAUACACACAUUCACACUUAAAGAUUUGUAUGGGACUGGAACACAUUCACUACAUGGAUGUCAUUAUGAUCAAGUUACACGAAAUUGACUUCUCUCUGUACAGCAGGCUUAGAGUCGGAGCAUCUUAUCGGGUUUUCACUCACGUCAAGGUCAAUUAAACAUUAUAGGACAAAUUUAAAUUUGAUUUAAGAUGAUUAAAGCAUGGAUUCGGGGCUUUACCGAAAGUCUGUCAAAAAAUGAUGCACAUUUGCAUCGAUGCAAAAGAGUAAUAAUUAAAAUAAUAACUCAGAUUUAAUCAUUUUUAUGCUAAUAAUUCAUCUUGAAGCCUUUAAACACUUAUUUGCUGUUUUUAUGUUAAUAUGAAACAGGCAUCAGUCAAGUGAUCCAAGUGUUGAUUCGGUUACACAUUCACUGUUACACAUUCACUGUUAGUAUAAAGCUGAGCAAGCAGGGAA